AUAUUUUUCAGAUCACCGUUUCCGCUUCUCCUUCAUCCAAUACCAGGGGACAUUUCCCCUCCUAUUUUACAAAAUUUUCUCCAUAGACUCUCUCUAUCUCCCAUUUGCAAAACCCAUUUGCGGAUUUGGUAUUAUAAUCUCAUAAUAUUGUUGCAGAAAAUAUAAAAAGUUGUGAGAUUGGAAGGAAAAUGGGGUUCUUGGUUACAACUCUAAUAUUUGUAGUGGUGGGAGUUAUUGCAUGUUUCUGUGCUGGAAUCUGCUGCAACAGAGGGCCUUCCACUAAUCUGUUACACCUGACAUUGAUUAUAACUGCUACAGUAUGCUGUUGGAUGAUGUGGGCGAUUGUGUAUCUUGCACAGUUGAAACCACUCAUCGUACCAAUCUUGAGCGAAGGAGAAUGAGAUGCUUAUGGAAUCCAGCAGCCAUCCGUUAUUAAAGGAGGAUUGAUGAGAGGAAGAAGUAUUUUGUGGCAUGUAGUAGCUGAAGAUACUGUUGUAUCAAAAUUUCUGUGUAUUUGUAGUUGGUGGAAGUAAUUUUCAUUCGUAUUGUAGAUUCAUAACAUGUUUUCUAGUUCGAAAUCCUUUUGGGGAUGUUUUUCUGAGCUUUGGACUAAUGGCAAAAAUAACAGAUGGAUGAUGUAACUAGUAGUACUUACCCUCUGCUGCUGUAAUAAAAUCAUUUUCCAUCUGCAUUAUUUUUUUUCUUUUAAGAGAA